CGCUGACGUCACAAUGCCCGGCUGAUUGCUGCGUCCGCUUUGAUCAGCUGGGCCACAGCCGGGCGCCCUGUCUCCGGAGCAGCCAUGAAGUUCCAAUACAAAGAGGACCACCCGUUCGAGUACCGCAAAAAAGAGGGGGAGAAGAUCCGGAAGAAAUAUCCGGACCGGGUGCCGGUGAUAGUAGAGAAGGCCCCCAAAGCCAGAGUACCUGACUUGGAUAAGAGGAAGUACCUUGUCCCUUCUGAUCUCACAGUUGGCCAGUUCUACUUCUUGAUUCGAAAGCGAAUCCACCUGAGGCCAGAGGAUGCCCUGUUCUUCUUCGUCAACAACACCAUCCCUCCCACCAGUGCCACGAUGGGGCAGUUGUAUGAGGAUAACCAUGAGGAAGAUUAUUUUCUCUACGUGGCGUACAGUGACGAAAGCGUCUACGGAGAAUGAGCUGCUGUGUGAAGGGCCUCAGAAACACGAUGGAGUGAAAGGGCUGCUACAGGAGGGAUUUUGUGUGGGGACAUGAGGAGGAGGAAGAACGGGACCACAAGCCACUUACUUCAUGCCAUCAUUUUGCCACACCUUUGUUGUCAGUGCCAUUGUUUAAACACUGGUGGAAAGAUUUGGCCUUUGGGAGAUGGGUGCCCACCUUUGUGAUGGAGGGUCCCUUUUGCCGUCCCUGUCUCUCUUGGGCUCCCGGGGGCCUCCCUGAAUGCCCAGUAAAUGGAGGAAGAUGGCGGCAAGAGGUGUUUUCCUAGUGGGAUUUGGGCAGCCUGUUGCAGCCAGGCAAAGGAAAUCCUAAGCAAACAUGCAAAACCCUGCCUGAGGAGCACUUCUUCUGCCUUUUGUCAUUUGUCCUUUUAAAGAAAAGCAGCCCUCUCUUGCUCUCCCUCUCCCGUUCCCUGCAUGAAGAAGGUGACCCUUCACUUCCUUUCUCCGGAAGCCUCUUCUGCCCUUGAUUUGCCCAUUGGGCCAAGCUGCCCUGAACCCUCCCAGCAUCUUUGACAUGUCACACCCGCAGCUGAAAACAGAACUGUGGGAAUCCCUGUUCCAUGUGGGAGGUGGUUUUAUGGAGCCGCUUGGGUUGAAACCGGUCAUGCCAUAAAGACAAAUUCUCCCAGGGCAUUACAGAUUAAUUGGGUCUUGGGUGUCCUGGACAAUAAAGGGUACGAGUGUUUUUGUGAUGCUGUUACGUUUACCACAUUGCAUAGAGAAGGUUGUUCCAGGAAGGCACCAUCUCAUUACCUGAAGCCAGUGUUAUAUUCAGAGACCUAAAGGACUUCAGGGGUCUGGCAGAGAGGUCUCUCCCUCUCUCUCUCUCCCUCCCUCCCUCCCUCCCUCCCUCCCUCUUUCUCUCUCUCCCUCUCCCUCUCUCUCCCUCCCUCUCCUUCUCCCUCCCUCCCUCCUUCAGCUUUUAUGACCUGGGCCAAACAUACAAAUGCUCCCAUCCUGUUAAUUAAUAUCAUUUGUCUCUCAUGGAACCCACAUAAAAAGAGUAUUAUUCCACCAAUCUUUUCCCCCAUUUGUUUAGUGUGUUCUCUCCUCACAUAUACCAACUGAUGAAAUUCAGGCAGUUUUCUGCUGAGGCCGAAAUACAAUUACUGUAGCCCAAUUUCGCCGUCUUAUAUUAUCUAGAGGAUGAUAAAAGAUGCCGGGAAGGAUGCGUGGCGUGUGUUGUCUCAGCACAUUAGGGAAAGAAGAGAUUUGAGGAAUUGGCAAGUGCUUUUCUUUGGUCUGAACUCCCUCUUUUCUUCUUUGGGGGGCCAUUCCAAUCGCAGUCAUUUUCGAGAAAGCCACGGUCUGGCAGCGCAGACUUUCAUUCAGUAUCAGAGGAAGUGCGAAGGGAGACAGUGAAACCUCAUUUGAAGACAUGGAGUGGCAGACACAGAAGUGCCACACGAAUGCAAAGGGCAAAACAAGAUGGCUCCCGUGCUCAUUAUUCUUAGCACUGCUGCCCUCGAGAGAUAUGCUCCAGAUGCCCUGAAGCUGGGCAAAGGCUUUCCAUUUGGGUCCAAAGAUGCAAGGGUCAUUGUGCUCAGCUGGCUGCUUUCUCUCUCACUUGGGAGGUGUGGGUGGCAAUGGAUUCUGGAACCGGAUCUUGAGUUGGGUUUGUCGUCAUCUCCCCUCCCUUCCAGCUACUGCUGACCAAGUAUUAACAUUUAACUUUUAUUUUAACUGAACUGUGGCAUUUACUUUUUAUUUUUUGCUCUAGUCUGGAUUUUGUGAAAGGCAGUGUUGAUUAUUCUUUCUGUGUCAUUAAUUCCGGCCGGCUUCUGGUUCUUGUAAGAUGGAAGUCCAUGUUGCAUUGGUUCAAUCAAUAAACAUUUACUUGAGAAACAGA